AGCCUCCGAGUGACAAGCUGUUUGGUUUUAAUCCUCCACAUUCCUUGCUGUACUAUAACCCCUUUGGCCGGAUGGGGCUAUCCUCCCCGCUGCUGCUGAUGUCAGACCUACGCUCCCUUUCCCACUUAGCCCGGGCAGGAGCGUACUGCAGGCUGCAGCCGGGACUCUCCAGCCCAAGUCCAGGUGGAUACAAACUCCCAGGCACGCACCGAGCCCCGGGGAGGGAGAAGGGGGGAGGAGGAGGCGUGGAAAAAAAAAAAGGCAGCUCCUUCCCGCCCUCCCCUUCUCCAGAAACAGCGGUUGGGGGAACCUAGGAGCAAAGCAAUGCUAAGCGGGGAUUGUUCCUCCUUUCAACCCCGGCGUUAGCUAAACCGGGAGUUGCCUGGGGUGGGGGGGACGGGGACUGGAAAUCUUGUUUACCGCCCGAGGAGAAAAAUAUAUCAAGCCUUUGUCUGGUGAAGUCAGCAUCUCUCUCCUUUCUCUUCAGCUGCAAUGGGCUCCUGGUGACAUUAACAUUUGGAAAGACUGGGGAAAAGGGGUGGGGGGCGGGAGGAGGUGAAUUGGUGGAUUUUGUUUUUGGAAGGGGAGGGGGGGAGCUUUGUGCAUUAAUUUAAAUUAGAAAAUUUUGUAUUUCCUUCCCCCUCCUCCCCGGGUGUCGGGCAGGUCUUGAUCUCAAUCGCCCCCUUUUACAGCCCUGGCUGCUAAUCCCGAGCUAUUUCGAGCGGGUCUCCCCUCCCUUUGCGAUUUUGGCCACAUCGCGUUGUGAGAGUGUGGGGGGGAACCUCUUAGAGGGGAAAAAAGGGAGGGGGAAACCCACGAACCCAAACCUUGACUUGCUCUCCGCGUGAGGAGGAAGGAAGCAGAAGCAGCAGCAAUAGCAGCAGCAGCAGCUCCGAACGGUCGGGGGGGGGGGUGUUGUUUUCUGCUCCGGGCAGCGCUUGGGUGUCUGUAUGCUAGCACUCGGUCUCGCCCGUGUUUGAGAAAGCUGGUUUGCCUGGGGGGCUGCCCCCCCCAGUGCCUGCUUCGGGGGGCCUGCCUCGCCUCGGAGAGGGUGCAGAUAGAACUCGAACUCGCCCGCCCGGCGAGGUUCUUCUGAGGUUCGCUGCUCUGCACCAACCCCCGGGACAGCAAGAAUAUGCUCUUGAAGGAGUACCGGAUAUGCAUGCCUCUGACCGUGGACGAGUACAAGAUAGGACAACUGUACAUGAUCAGCAAACAUAGCCAUGAGCAGAGUGAUCGCGGCGAAGGGGUAGAGGUUGUCCAGAAUGAGCCCUUUGAAGAUCCUAACCAUGGCAAUGGGCAGUUCACAGAGAAGCGAGUGUAUCUCAACAGCAAAUUGCCUAGCUGGGCUAGAGCUGUUGUUCCCAAGAUAUUUUAUGUUACAGAGAAGGCUUGGAACUAUUACCCUUACACAAUUACAGAAUACACAUGCUCAUUUUUGCCAAAAUUCUCCAUUCACAUAGAAACUAAGUAUGAGGACAACAAAGGAAGCAACAAUAGCAUUUUUGACAGUGAAGCCAAAGAUGUAGAACGAGAAGUUUGUUUUAUUGAUAUUGCCUGCGAUGAAAUUCCUGAGCGCUACUAUAAAGAAUCCGAGGAUCCUAAACAUUUUAAAUCAGAGAAAACAGGGAGAGGACAUUUAAGGGAAGGCUGGAGAGAUAGUCACCAACCCAUCAUGUGCUCCUACAAAUUGGUGACUGUGAAAUUCGAAGUCUGGGGACUUCAGACCAGAGUAGAACAAUUUGUACACAAGGUGGUCCGAGAUAUCCUGCUGAUUGGGCACAGACAGGCUUUUGCAUGGGUUGACGAGUGGUAUGACAUGACAAUGGAUGAAGUCCGAGAGUUUGAAAGAGCAACUCAGGAAGCCACCAACAAGAAAAUUGGAGUUUUCCCACCUUCAAUUUCGAUCUCCAGCAUUUCCCUGCUGCCUUCUGCAAUCCGCACUGCUCCUUCUAGUGCUCCGUCUACACCUCUCUCCACAGACCCUCCAGAAUUCUUAGCAGUUCCCAAAGAUCGACCUCGAAAAAAAUCUGCCCCAGAAACUCUCACUCUUCCAGACCCUGAGAAAAAAUCUACACUGGAUUUACCUGGUGUACAUUCUGCAGACAAGCCAUGUCAGUCCCAAGAGUAACAAUGAAUAAAAUUUCAUGGUUUUU